CUUUACGGCAGCGCCCGCCGGCGGGAGCACGUGGCGGCGCCAUGAAGCGACCGAAGCUGCGGAAGGCGAGCAAGAGGCUGAGCUGCCACAAGCGCUACAAGAUCCAGAAGAAGAUCAGAGAACACCACCGGAAAGUCCGGAAAGAGGCCAAGAAACGCGGACACAAAAAACCCAAGAAAGAUCCCGGAAUUCCCAGUGCGGCGCCGUUUAAGGAGGAGCUUCUGCGGGAAGCGGAGCAGAGAAAGCAGAGGCUUGAAGAACUGAAACAAAAGCAGAAGCUCAACAGACAGAAAGAACAUGAAAAGAAGAGGAAGCUGGAAGCUAAAAAGAAUGCAGCCACAAUCAAGGAGAAAGCAGAGGGACAGGAAUCCUCUGGCAAAUCUAAAGGAAGGACUAAAAAACCGCUGAAUAAGAAUUCUAAGAAAUCAUUUUGCAGGGAACUCACGAAGGUGCUUGAGGCCUCAGAUGUGGUUCUGGAGGUUUUGGAUGCCAGAGAUCCAAUGGGCUGCAGGUGUCCUCAGCUGGAGCAAGCUGUCACUUCCUCUGGAGGGAACAAAAAGCUGCUCUUGGUUCUGAACAAAAUUGAUUUAGUGCCAAAGGACAACAUAGAGAAAUGGUUGAAUUAUUUGAAGAAAGAGUUUCCAACUGUUGCUUUUAAGUCAGCAACAAUGAUGAAGGACAAGACUAUGCAGGAACAGGUCACAAAAAGACAUGCACGUGUUGAUUUCUCAGAAACCUCUCAGUAUUUUGGAAGCAAAUGCCUUUUGAAGCUUCUCCAAGGGUAUGGCAAGACCCAAGACAGAGCCAUUCAGGUUGGGGUGGUAGGUUUCCCUAACGUGGGAAAGAGCAGCAUAAUCAACAGUCUCAAAGGAAAGCGUGCUUGUAAUGUUGGCCUGACAAGAGGUGUUACCAAGUCCAUGCAAGCUGUGCACCUUGAUAAGCAGACAAAGAUGCUGGACAGUCCAAGUAUAAUUGCAGAUCCUUCUAACAGUGCCCUUGCUCUGGCCCUGAGAAGUAUCAUAGACCCUGAAGGAUCAGACUCAGCAGUUGUGCUUGAAGGAGUAAAUGCCAUAAUAAAUCACUGCAGUAAGCAGCAGGUAAUGAUGCACUAUAACAUCCCAGAUUUCAGGGACCCUGAAGAGUUUUUAUCUUUACUGGCUCAGAAGAGGGGCAUGCUGAAAAAGGGAGGUGUUCCUGACAUAGAAAAUAUGGCUAAAUUAGUGCUUUGUGACUGGACAGGAGCCAGAAUAAAGUACUACUCACAACCUCCAGGAUCUCAGAAACCACCACCCUAUCUUACAGAACAAAAAAUAGCUGAAAUGCAGGAAGGCUUUAAUUUAAAUAACCUAGAACAAGAAAACAGCAACACUGUUCAAGCUUUAAAGCACCCCAGUCCAGCAAGCAGCAUUGCUUUUCAGUCAGCUGGAAUGACAAAUGGGACAAUAGAGGAAAAUAAAGUGAUAGAGGAAGGGUCAAACUGGGGAAACAUGGAAACAAGCAAGGAGGAGGAAGAAGAGGAAGACGAAGAGGAGGAAGAGGAAUUCACAGAAAGUGAUGAUGAUGAAGAUGAUAUGGAAGAAGAUGAUGAUGAUGAUGAUGAUGAUGUCAAAGAGGAAAGCCAAGUUCAGGUCACCAGAAGAGCAAAGCCUGGAAAACACCAAACAAAUCCUACAAAUCCCAAGGAGCAGAGGGCAGGAAAUGAACGUUCCAGAUCACUGUCCUUCAGCUUAGACAAACCUGCAGAUGAGGAUGAUGCCUAUGAUUUUAAUACAGACUAUGUGUAACAAACCAGGUGGGAAGCACUCUCUGGAGAGCUGCUGCUGGCUUAAAGAGCAGUCAGGAACACUGGGGUUGCAGCACAAGCUGGAGGAUGCUGCAGAGCCAGAGCUGCUGCACAGACUCAGCUGUUGCUGUGUCAGAUAAUGUACAUAAUAGUGCAUCUCCCUGGAUAGUUCCAGAUUUUAUACAGGUCUAGGAAACUGUUAUUCAGCUUUGUCAUGAAGUUUAUUUCCUAUAUUAAAGCCUAUUUUAAAAAUUCCUAAUAGACUGGUAGUCUGUUCAUUUUGCCUUAUAAAGUACCUUCCGAGGAUAAACCCUUUGUCUUUGAAAGAUAACUGAUAAAUGUUUCAUUCUAGCCACGUUCAAACAAAUCUGUUUUCCUAGAGGAUUACAAAGACUUUACCCUUAGAGCAUGACUUUAGACAGUGACUUUUCAGUACAUUUUUGCAAAACAUCUCCUGUGCAUCUGUUUUCUUCCUAAAACUGAAAAGUAUGAUUUCUGUGUUCUUUGAUAAAUAGAUUUGUUUUCCCUCAGUGUCUGCUGAGGCAUAGAUUCUUAU